AUGUCAGAUCGUUUUGUGGAAUUAACAGACAUCCCAACCUUGUCUCAAGUAUAUAAAAAAGGUGGAUUUGAUUAUCGGAUCCCAGAAAGAUUUAAACAUGAUAUAAGUUUUUCUCACAAUAAAACUUUUAAUGAUAAGAUAUCUUUAAUCAAAGAAGACAUUACGAAAUUGAAAAUUGACUCAAUUGUUAAUGCUGCAAAUGAGUUUCUUAUGGGAGGAGGAGGAGUUGAUGGGGCGAUUCACAGAGCUGCAGGGCCAGGAUUAAGGGGUGAAUGUCGGGAGUUAGGAGGUUGUCCAACUGGUUAUGAUUUACCAGCAAAAUAUAUUAUUCAUACUGUUGGGCCUGUAGGAGAACACGAAGAACUUCUCAAUAGUGCUUAUAGACGAUCAUUGGAAGUUAUGAUUGACAACAACCUUAAGAGUAUAGCAUUUUCAAAUAUAAGCACAGGUGUUUAUGGAUAUCCUCGUGUUGGUGCUGCACAAGUGGCUAUGAAAACAAUUAGAAAAUGGAUGGAGAAUUUUGAACAUAUUGAAAAGAUUGAUAGAAUAAUCUUUUGUGUUUUUGAGGAAACAGAGAAACAAGAAGAGGUGAAUGAAGCUGAUACGACAGAGAAACAAGAAAAGGAGAAUGAAGCUGAUACAGUGGAGAAACAAGAAAAGGUGAAUGAAGCUGAUACAGCGGAGAAACAAGAAAAGGAGAAUAAAGCUGAUACAGCGGAGAAACAAGAAAAGGAGAAUGAAGCUGAUAAAAUGGAUGAACAAGAAAAAGAGAAUGAUGUUAAUUCAGGAGAGGAACAAGAACAAAGUAACAAAGCUGAUAAAAUGGAGGAACAAGAACAAAGUAACAAAGAUGAUAAAAUGGAGGAACAAGAACAAA